CACAGAUUCUUAUUGUUUUGUGAUGCUAACACUGGCCUUGUAUGACUUGGUAGCAAUAACAAAAUGGACGCCAUGUUGUUUUCCUUCCUGGAUCACACAAGGCUAAGAUUGUUGAGCAUUUCCUUGUUCUUGUUAGGACUUGACGCAAAACUGCUUUAUUUUUCGCAGAGCCUUGAGCUCUUAAGAAGACUUGUAAUGGAAAAAAUGUAAAAAAAAAAAAAUGUAGCUUUUAUCUAUGAGUUGCUAUGGCUACCUGUGUCGCAGCUAACCAAAAAAAAAAAAGAAAUGUCGUCGCCAGGAGAACGUAGCGUACGUUUCCUUCCCCACACACCAAGACAAAUAAUCAAACCGAAAGAGAAGCCGUUUAUUCAUUCAUUUACGGGCCCCGCCCGUGUCUGUCGAGCUUGACAGUUAAUGGCCGCCAUGACGGCUUCUCAUCACGACACGACACGGCACGAGGUUGUGAUCCCUCACGUGCUGACAGGGGGUUAAGCGACUGAAUGGCGAUAACACAGACAUUCGAAGCACUCUAUCACAACCAUAAUGACAUUACACCGCUACUCCAUUGCUUCCACUCCCUUCCUUGGUAAUCUUGUUAAAAUCCCAGUGAUUGGAAUGGCGGUGACAGGGAGACAAACGACCCGCGGAGCCGAAAGCGGAAGUGCGGCGAGCUUUUGUGGCGUUGCCAUGGCGCCGCACAGACACCGUAGGUAAUGAAAUGCACCUUAAAAUGCAGUUUCGAGUUCGACGAUGGACUGUGUACCGUCAUGUCUCGACGGCGGUGGUGUAAGACGACACCGGCAGUCGCCGACAAGUAUUGUGCGGUGAGUUCCACCUCCGCCUGUAACUGUGUGUGUGUGUGUGUGUGUGUGUGUGUUUGUACAGGAGAGCUCAUGAGGCCAAGACCAUGGGUCUCUAAGACAUGUGUGGACACUUCAGGGACACUCUGGAGCAAAGUAAACCGUUACCGACUUGUCAAAACCAAUCACUGCUGAAGAAUGGAGGACGACGUGGAAUCAAUGGACAGCAGAACCGAGAGUCCUCUGAGCCCGACUCAGCUCACGGGAUUGGGGAUGAGCUGUAAGUAUCGCCAACGUGGGCCGGGUCUGGCCAGUCCUCAAGAGUACAACCAAUGGCUUCCUUUCCGCCAUGACGCAAGUCUUCUGCCAAUGAAAGAAGACCUGGCUCUUUGGUUCAACACCAUUAUGGGUGUGGACCUCACCGCCGACAGUCUAAUGGACAGAUUGGACAACGGCGUACUUCUUUGUCAAAUGGCACAGUUCCUUCAGGACAAGAUGAGCCACAGUAGCAACACGAAGCCUUUGACCAGAAGAGUGAUCCACUGGAGAGCCGAUGCCACUUCGGGAUCGUUUUUUGCCAGGGACAACACAGCCAACUUCCUCUAUUGGUGCUGUAAGAUUGGCGUUGACAGAGCCCACCUUUUUGAAUCCGAGGAUUUGGUCCUCCACAAACAACCUCGGGAGGUGUGCCUGUGUUUGAUGGCGCUGGGACGCAUCGCUGCAAGGUACGGAGUGGAACCUCCAGGCCUGGUGAAGUUGGAGAAAGAGCUGGAAGGAGAAGAAGCGGGGCUCACAUCUCCACCGUCCCCGCUUCCCUUCUCCUUUUUCCCGUCCUCGGUGCUUCGCUCCCAAUCAACCACCACUCCUUCCCAAGCGGCGGCCAUUACUCCCAAUAUAACCCGUCUCCGUGAAGACCACAUCACCUCUGAUUCAUUACCCUUAUCUUUAUCCCCUCCGCAGUCCUACAUCUCAACCCCCAAAUUCUCCACAACCACAUCUUCAACGCAAACCUCACUUGGUCUUACUCAGUUAGCCACACCCCCUACAUCCUCCCCGCCGUCAAAUCCGAACCGGCACUCCAAAUACAGCAAGCGAAAAAGCAAUGGUUCACGUAACAUUUUGGAUGACAUUGUGAGAAAUAUUAUUGAAAACCCCCCCUGCAGCUGUCCAACCAGGUUCCCCAUUGAAAAGCAGCCAAAGGGUUGUUAUCGUGUUGGGGAAAAAGUUCUUUACAUACGAAUGCUGAAUGAGCGUCACGUGAUGGUCCGCGUGGGCGGCGGCUGGGAGACGUUUUUGAGCUACCUUCAGAAACACGACCCCUGCAGAGGAGGACCGGUGGGCAGAUCCGAGGCCAAAGCUAAGCCACUCACGUUGAACACGUCGCCCGACAGCUACAUGGUGGUCGACGCCCAUUACCGGGCCAGGAAGUAGACCCCGAUCAUUCAGACUGAUUGUUUCAACCUAGUGUUGGUCGCACCGUGAGUGGGACGGUGGUACGAGUUGAUAUGACCGUGUAACCUUUCGUGGACGAAUUGCUCACUCACGGUGCGAUCAAGAUGCAAAAAGAACAGAAGUCAUGAAAUCCAACCACAUGCUCGCUCACGGUGCGAUCAACACAAACGCAAGGUGGACAAGGAAGCCUUGUAGUACGCGUUCAUGGUGGUCAAUGCCCAUUACCGGGCCAAGAAGUAGACCCGAUCCGCCAGACUGCAUCCAAGAAAACUGCACAAGAAUCUGUUAUUGUUUCAACCUAGUGUUGGUCGCACCGUGAGUGGGAUGGUAGUAUGAGUUGAUGACCGUGUAACCUUUUGUGGACGAAUUGAUCGCAUCACGGUGCGAUCAAGAUGCACAAAAAAAAACAGUGGGUCAUGAAAUCCAACCACACGCUCACUCACGGUGCGAUCAACACAAACGCAAGGUGGACAAGGAAGCCUUGUAGUACACGUUCAUGGUGGUCAACGCCCAUUACCGGGCCAGGAAGUAGACCCCGAUCAUCCAGACUGAUUGUUUCAACCUAGUGUUUGUCGCACCGUGAGUGGGACGGUGGUACGAGUUGAUAUGACCGUGUAACCUUUCGUGGACAAAUUGCUCACUCACGGUGCGAUCAGGAUGCAAAAAGAACAGAAGUCAUGAAAUCCAACCACAUGCUCACUCACGGUGCGAUCAAAACAAAAGCAAGGUGGACAAGGAAGCCUUGUAGUACACGUUCAUGGUGGUCAACGCCCGUUACCGGGCCAAGAAGUAGACCCGAUCCGCCAGACUGCAUCCAAGAAAACUGCACAAGAAUCUGUUACUGUUUCAACCUAGUGUUGGUCGCACCGUGAGUGGGACGGUGGUACGAGUUGAUAUGACCGUGUAACCUUUUGUGGACGAAUUGAUCGCAUCACGGUGCGAUCAAGAUGCACCAAAAAAAACAGUGGGUCAUGAAAUCCAACCACAUGCUCACUCACGGUGCGAUCAACACAAACGCAAGGUGGACAAGGAAGCCUUGUAGUACGCGUUCAUGGUGGUCAACGCCCAUUACCGGGCCAGGAAGUAGACCCCGAUCGUCCAGACUGAUUGUUUCAACCUAGUGUUGGUCGCACCGUGAGUGGGACGGUGGUACGAGUUGAUGACCGUGUAACCUUUCGUGGACGAAUUGAUCGCAUCACGGAGCGAUCAAGAUGCACCAAAAAAAAACAGUGGGUUAUGAAAUCCAACCACAUGCUCACUCACGGUGCGAUCAACAAAAAACGCAAGGUGUGCUGGGAAGCCUUGAUCGUAUCAUUAACAAGAUGGCGGUACAAGUUCAUGAUCCUGUGCUCUUUUGUGGAUGACUUGUUCACUCACGGUGCGAUCAAACUGCACAAUAGAACAGAGGGUCAUCAAAUCCAACCACAUGUUCACUCACGGUGCGAUCAACAAAAAACGCAAGGUGGGCCGGGAAGCCUUGAUCGCAUCAUCGGCGAGAUGGCGGUACAAGUUAGUGCACGACUAGCUCACUCACGGUGCGAUCGAGAUAAAGACAAGGUUUGAUUGCACCGGGAGAAAGAUAGAUAACAUUGGAUCGUCAUCUCAACACAAACAAAAACACCAACUGGAGAGCAAAAGAACACAAAAGGGUCACCAACUUGUGCCGCUAACUGCUCUCACGGUGCAGUCAAGGCUGCGCCACUCACGGUGCGAUCACGGCUCAACACAGCAGGCCGUGUGCUUGUGUCGCCGGCAAUGUGAGUGACACACAAGUACAAGUUGAUGACCCUCUGUUCUUUUUUUUUUAACAUGACUACCCCACUCACGGUGCGAUAAAAAAACAAAGACCAGGAUGACUAUUUAGCUUAUUUAGUGCAACUCUCAUGUUUAUUUUUAAUCUAUGCACUAUUUGUAUGUUUUCAGUCAGUAAUAUGCAAAUUAUGUGUUUUAGUCUUGUAUUAUUAUUAUUAUUAUUAUUAUUGUUUAUGACAGAAAUGUUUUUUUGGAUACUUUAUUUAAAUAAUGAUAAUAACAAAUAAUAAAAGUAUUGACUUAUAUGCUACAUGCAGUCAGUUUAAGUCUCCAAAUGGGUUUUAUGUAUAGCAUAUUAUGCAGAAAUAUGGCCUAUUAUGUAUUGAAUAUUCUUGUAGUCGCUGCUAAAAUACAUAUUUAUAUAUACUUAUAUGUACAGUCUAUACAUGCAUAUUUAUAAGAUAUAGUUUCCUCCUCUAGAUGGCAUCAUGUGCCCAGUGACAAAAGGCCACAUCAGCGCCCCGGAUGGAGGCAUGCAUGCUGCAAAAAAAAAAAAAAAAAAAAAAAAAAAAAAUGGAAAUAACUCCCACAAGUGCACGUUUUAUUUUUUUUAAAUUUUAUUAAAAUAAUAUUAUGAAAAACUGGACUUUUUUAUACUGAAAUAAAAGACAAUAAGAACAUGCAUGUUAUGUUGUUAUGUGUUUUUAAUCUCCACAAAAAACACAUGCAGUGUUACGGAAGUGGGAGAAAUAUGGGAUCCAAACCAGCGCCCCUUUUUUUUUUGUUUAUCAAAACACAGGAAGUUGAUCUUCUUCAAGGAUAUAUAUAUAUAUAUAUAUAUAUUAUAUAUAUUUUCUCCCAAGUGCUUGUUUUGGUUUUGGAAUGUAUCGGUAAUAAAGUCGUACAAAUCCGUAUUAUUGUAUUGUUGUGUUAUUUAAAAUACAUUUUUGCAUGUGUGCUUAAUAAUGUGCAGUUAAUGUGGAUUUGGGCGACAAAAGAAAAUGGCAGAUUGUUGCCUAAAAAGCACCGGUGGCCGACGCGUAGAAAUACAGAAAUGAUCCAAGACCAUGAAAUAAGAGGAACAAUGCUACAAUCACAUAGUCACUACUAAUUUGACCAA